ACUACGGGCAUACCGUAGUCGCAUAAUCCCAUGCACACCACAGAAGGAAGUAGAUUAUAUCAUAUCUGAUUUCAAUUUUGAUUUUCUCCUUCCUUCUUUGCCUUUUCAUUUUCCCAAAAAUUCCAGAAAUUGUAUGCGCGUUGUAGUGAUGAAGAAUGUGUUGGUAGGGUUCAAACCCUCACUCUCAGUUCCUGUUUCACACUCUUCUUUUCCGUUCUCUUCUUCCCUUUCCCUCACACCCCUCCCUUUCUCUCUCUCCUCAAGAUCACUCCCACUUCUUGUAUUCGCUAACAGCAACAAAGAUUUGAGGGAACAGGAAAACACACAGCAACCACAGCCACCCAAUGGUUCCAAGGAUCAGCAAAAGCAGCAGCAAGAGAAUGGCAACGAUUGGAGUAAUCAAAGAUUGCCCCUUUUGGGUUUCAAUUGGAGGAAACUGUUGGACCCCGACCCUGACAACGUCCUUGCACUUGGCCUAACGGGAAUUCUCACAUGGGCAAGUGUGCAAGUCCUCUGGCAGCUCUUGUUCAUCUCUUUGGCCAUUCUUGUUGCUGCCCUCAAGUACUCUUUUAUCGCUGCUCUUCUUGUGUUCAUUCUCAUUGCUCUUCUUUGAUAAAUUUAGUUUCCUUUCUGCUUUCUGUGAUCCUAUUUGAUAUUAUGGAAGGUAUGACUUUUGAAAAGUAGUUGAGCAUGUGAUUGAAUGAUAAUGUAAAAAGCAGUUACGAAAGUCAACGAACGUAUCAUUGUUGCUGA